UAACGCAGCAGUCAUGGCAGUUUCCAGCCUUCAUUAUACAAUGGGGAUCUCUAGCGGAUUCAAAGUCUAUAUCUUGGAAGGGCAACACAGUGCUCGGAAUGUAGACAGGCUGAGGCCAUUAACCAACCAUGGAAUACCUGUGUACCCAAUCAAACGCAAACUCAGUCCGGAACCCCCGCGUUCUCCAAAGAGACUUUCAACAUCCAACUCUCAGAGCAGGGUAAAGGUGACCUCUUCAGCAGUGUGUCAGAAGCCUGCACCAAGAGAGCCUUCCUCAGGACCAUUCAGUCCUAAAGAGUUUGCCCAUCAUCCUAUAACUUUGGAACAUGUUCUGAAGAGGUUGAUACCAGAACGAAAGCCCUUGGAAAGUAAGGAGGCACAGAAGAAUGAACAAGAUCAACCCUUGGCUUUGGUAAAGAGGUUGGAAAGACCCAGCAAGCAACCUAUUAUUUCUUCAGCAAUGCUGCAGCAGAAUCGACCCUCUGUGAUCACUUGUGUAUCUAGACCAAAACCCAUCUCUCCCCCUGCUACAAAUGAAAAAUCAACUCCACCACAGGAAGCAGAAGUUCACCGAUCACCCAGAGCCAGCUCACCUGACGUAGAAGAACAUUUCCAAAGGAGUCUCAAAUCUUGUGCCACCCAACAGAGUCUUAAAACAUCCCCACCACAUUACAUCCACAGCUCUGUUGAAGAUCACUUCUCUAAAGCUCUGGGGUCCAAAUGGCUCUUAAUCCGAGCAGCCGCAGACUCCGCCUCUUCAGCCGAAAUCAUAGCCAGACGCCAGCUCUGAGCCCAAACACGCCGGUUUUCGGACAUUUACUCUACCAGAAAUACCGCUGAUAGACUGGAGACAAUGGACUCUGUAUUACUAUGUAUUAUAUAUUUAUUGAUACUUUAUAUUGCUCCAUUAAAAUGGAUAUCUGAAGAAUUGGUGCAAGUUAUCAUCUGGGGAAGUGGAGGUUUUGGGAGUUUGCAUCUAAUGUUUGUAUAUCGGGUAAUCAUGUAUAUAUGAAAUUUGUUUUUUUAAUUAAAUAAAACUGACUUGUUUGUGUUU